UGAAAAUUCAAUACACGUGACCUCAGUAGUCAGAGGUACGUGAUGCCAUUACGGCGUUUCAGAAUAGCCCACCCAUCUGAAUCCUUCCACGUCUACAAACAUCUUUGCUGAUUCUCACUACCUCCAGCUUGAGCUGAUAGCCUGUUUUAUCAUUGGCAUAGUCGUGAAUUGCAAGUCCGUAGCAUAUUCUCGCUACAGCUGAAGCGCCAAGGCGAUGCCUGCACUCAAUAAGAACAAUUCCGCUGUAAAGCGAAUAAUGCAAGAGGCGAGGGAGCUUGCAAACGAUCCCUGCACCGAUUACCAUGCAGUUCCUCUUGAGGAUGAUAUUUUUGAAUGGCAUUGCACACUUCGUGGCCCCGCUGGUACAGAAUUUGAAGGUGGUCUGUAUCAUUUCCGAAUAGUGCUUCCAGCAGAAUACCCCUUCCGACCGCCUUCUCUGAUGAUGCUCACGCCCAAUGGACGGUUCGAAUUAAAUACCAAGAUAUGCAUCAGCUUUACAAAUUACCAUGAAGAGGAAUGGCAGCCUGCAUGGGGUGUCCGCACAGCUAUAAUCGGACUCCAAGGAUUUUUCCCUCUGAAGGGUCAGGCAGCUACUGGUGUUGGUUCCGUCGAAUAUCCCAUCUCGGAACGCAAGCGUCUGGCUCAACUGUCACGGGAGUGGGUUUGCCCACAAUGUAGCCAAUGUAAUCUAGAGCAUCUGCCUGAUCCCCGGGAGGGAUCGUCAUCGAAGCAUGUCAACGUGCUGUCACCGUCGUCGGCCCCACCUACUGUCACCGCGGAGGUGGAAGUUGUCCAAGACAGCUCGACCACCCCAAUGGUACCUACUCCUGUCCGUCAGACCGAUAGGAUCGAAGAAGAGAGACAAAUGCGCAUGGGUGGAGGAACUGCGCAAUUUAUGCGUCGUAGUUCGCACCGGCCUCCCCUAAUACUUGAUACCGCGAUUUGCGUGCUGCUUGUGCUAGUUUUAGCGUUACUCUGCCGUCGAGUUUUGUGAUUUGAACUUUUGUAAGUAUAGUUUCCUGUACGCUCUAGAUGAAUGACUAGGUUACCAUUAUUUUUUCCGAGGACUCGAUC